AUGAUCCCCAAAGCCUCGUCGUCUGGCCAGACUUCCCGAGUUGUGUAUGAGAGCACCGAUACCGUUCGGAAAUGGGGCGCAGUUUUCCGCCUCCGCCGCGAAACCGAAGCCAUGGCAUUCGUGCAGAAGCAUACCUCCAUACCAAUCCCGGCUGUUAUCGACGUACAAUUCCCGACGCAUGAGGCGGACGGACCAGGCUGGAUCCUCAUGAAGCGACUACCAGGAUCCCAGGUGGGCGAUUCGUGGCAUACAAUGAGCAAACAUGCCCAAGCACAGGCACUCCGCCAGCUCAAGUCGUACUUCGACCAGUUGCGCCGUCUUCGCCCGUCUGGGCCUGGGUGGAUUGGAUCCUGCUCCAAGGGUCCGGCAUACGACCAUCGGCUGAACAACAUGUCAAUAUGCGGGCCUUUCGCGUCAGUCAGCGCCUUCAACGACUUCCUCGUUGCUCCAGUCAAAAACUGUCCGCGGCCAGAAUGGGUGGCCAAAUAUCGCAGCCGACUUCGCGAUGAUCACGGUAUCACGUUCGCACACGCCGACAUCUCGUGGGAGAACAUCCUCGUCGACCCACCAACCGGCAACAUUACGGGAAUUCUCGACUGGGAGAUGGCAGGAUAUUGGCCGGAGUGGUGGGAGUAUAGGAAAGCAUUGUUUGGCUCCCGGAGUCAGUCAUGGUGGAGAGACAUUCUGAAAGAGGUUAUGCAGGAAUACCCAGAAGAGACAGAAACCGACAUGGAAUUGGAAAUGUUCUAG